AAGCUGAGGUUUAUUUUACUUAACAUGAAACUAUGAGUUCAAUUGAAAUGUCAAUAAGGUCAUUAUUUCUUUUUUUUCUAAGAUGUUUUUUUAUAACCAGACUUGACCUCAUUUUUUUGAGUGACCUCAUGUUUAAUUGCAGUGUUUAGCAGUGUUCUUAUUCACUGUUUUUGCUGUUUUAAAACAUAGUGCAGAGGGUAUAAUAGAGAGUAAACACUCAUAACCCACCUUUCAACAUCUGUAUUGGACAUUCACCAGUAUUUGAUCAUAUAUUUGGGUUGCUGUUGUAUGUUUUUGGUUUGUUAUCAUAUAUGUCUUUGUGUUUUUGAUAUUUGCUCAAAAUUGACAAUACCUCCGUAUAUUUUAUGUGCCUUUUUUCUUUCCGACUGUCUGUUUCACAAACUAAUGAGUCACCAAACAAUCCAGAAUGUCAACAGCAGUCUAACUCCUUUUUACCACCUGCAGCUUAACCAGUCCUUAUCCCCACUCUUCAUCUAGUUCAUUGUAACUAUUUGAAUGCUUUUGAAAUUACAGAGGAUGUCAGCAUGCUGGAGCAACAUUUUUUUGACAAACAAAUUACCCUGUGUUAAUAAUAAAAAAAAAAAAAAAAUUUUACUGUUCAGCUCUUAUUGCUCAUUCGCUGUCUCAUUUUUAUAUUCCAGGAAGUUCCCUCUGAAGCAGGGAGUGUCUGCAUAUAAAAUGGUCUGCAGUUCUCUGCUUCAUAGAUGCCAUGUCCUCCUCUAUGACCAUGGAAGGCCCCCGCAGUGCUUUUUCCACCUCUUCCAGCUCCACCAUGCAUUCCAGUGCUUCAGCCAAUGACCAGAACGCAGUUCACAGCGCCAAUGUCGACCCAGAGGACACCAGGGGCAGCAGAACGGUUCCAGAGGUUGUCGGAGCAGAAGGUGGGAAUGGUAACAGCAGGGGCAGCAGUGAGCUGGGAGGAGGAAGAGAGAUGACCCCAUCGAAGCGCCGCACCGUACUGAACAUCUCUCCACCUCCACAAGACCUGUUUGAUGACAGCCUGAUGUCCUGCCAGGAUGAAACAUCCCGGGACUCAGAGCAGAGUAACAGCAUCUGGAUGGAGGACUCUCUCUCCAACUUCAGUAUCAUGAGCACUGUCUCUUACAAUGACAACACAGAGGUGCCACGAAAGUCACGCAAACGUACCCCUCGGCAGAGGCCUGGACCGAAGUCUGUGCGUGCAGGGGAAGCCAGCAUGGACGUGUUCGAUGCAGACAGUGCCAAAGGUCCACACUUUGUACUGUCACAGCUCGGCCCUGACAGCAAGACUGGAUCAAAAGGAAGUUCUGAUGAUGCUCAGACAACUCACCACAAAGGAGGAAUGCUUUCGAUGCAGUACCCACAGAAGAGUGAGGGGAAGGAGUUGAAGAUCCUCGUCCAGCCGGAGACUCAGCACCGAGCACGCUAUCUGACUGAAGGCAGCAGAGGGUCAGUGAAGGACCGCACACAACAGAGCUUCCCAACUGUGAAGCUGGAGGGAGUCAAUGAGCCAGUGGUUUUGCAGGUGUUUGUGGGCAACGACACCGGGCGUGUUAAGCCUCAUGGUUUUUAUCAAGCUUGCAGGGUGACUGGCCGCAACACCACAGCCUGCAAAGAGGUGGACAUCGAUGGCACGACUGUCAUCGAGGUGUCUCUCGAUCCGAGCACCAGCAUGACACUAGCGGUGGACUGUGUCGGGAUCUUGAAGCUCCGUAAUGCUGAUGUCGAGGCUCGCAUUGGUGUGGCCGGGUCGAAGAAGAAGAGCACACGCGCUAGGCUGGUGUUUCGGGUCAACAUCCCACGUCCAGAUGGAUCAGUGCUCACACUACAGACCCCCUCUUCUCCAAUCCUUUGUACUCAGCCCGCAGGAGUGCCUGAAAUCCUGAAAAAGUCACUUCACACUUGUUCAGUGGCCGGCGGAGAAGAGGUCUUUAUCAUUGGCAAGAACUUUCUUAAAGACACCAAAGUCAUAUUUCAGGAAAAUGUUUCUGAUGAGAAAUCGUGGAAGGCAGAGGCUGAAAUCGACAUGGAGCUGUUUCACCAGAAUCACUUGAUAGUGAAAGUUCCUCCAUACCAGAACCAAGCCAUCACCUCUCCAGUGUGUGUGGGAAUCUACGUGGUGACGAAUGCUGGGCGAUCCCAUGAUAUUCAGCCUUUUACCUACACUCCAGAGACAGUGAAAAAUGAUGUUCCUGUGAAGAAAGAGGCACCUUCUCCAGUGAAGACAUGUUCAUUUGAGGAACAAAUUAAAGAUGGUGCCUUGAUGCCUUCGAUGCUGCCUUUAGUGAAGCGAGAAGACGUCACUCCGAUGGAGGUCACCAGCAACCUUCAAUCCUCUGGUGUUUUUAAGACUGGUGACCUGUGUCCAGCCCAGCAGAACCCAGACAUGACUGCAGGCCAUCUAAAUAAAAACAGACCAUUCUCAAACAACCUCUCUCAGCCCGCAGGCGACCCUGACAAAGGCCAGACUGCUGUGUUUCCCAACGCAGAGCCCUUAAGCACUAUCCAGAAGCAGGACAUUGCAGCCACCAGCUCCUUCUCUGUGCCUGCUGACUCUCUGCUCCAGCAGGGAUCACAGCAGUUCCUCCUCGAACCCAGAGAGGGCCUCGGGCAGGAGAGGCCUGGCAGCGGCUCUGGAGCUGUGGGGAGGCUGUGUGGGGAACCUGCGCCUCAACAGCAGCAACUGCCACUGUUUCCCCCAGAUGAAGUAGCCCAGCUGGAGGAGGCAGUGAGGCAACUUAAAGCCAAAGGGUUCUGCAACUUACCGCUUCAGUCGGACAACUCAAUGGCCAAACAGCAGCAGCAGCACAUCCAGCACCAACAGCAGAUCCAAAAACAGCAAAUUCAGCAGCAGCAGCAGCAGCAGCAGCAGCAACAAAUCCAGCAACAACAGCUUCAACAGCAGCAACAGCAGCACGUUUUGGAAAAUUUACAGCAGCAGCUGUUUCAGUCACAGAUUCAGAUGCAGUGUGGCAUGUUUCAGGAUGCCCCUCAGGCCAAGAGCGCAGAGCAGCAGGGCUCAUCACAAGGAGUGGUGCCAAACCAGGGGACUCUUUUCCAACAGGCCCAACAGCAGCAACAGCAGCAGCAACAGCAACAGCAGCAACAAGCAGCUCUCUUUCAACAGGCAAGUGAUCUGCUCUCUAUUCAGACCAACUUCCUCCAGCAGACACCCUCACACCCUUCACCACCCAUGUUUCACAAUCCCAGUCCUUUGGCUGAACCACAAGAUCCACAGGGAGGGUUGUUUCAGAAAGCCUCUCAGGAGGUCCAGGCCGCUCUCUUCCAAAACUCCAUGACAGUACUACAGUCUCCAGACCAGCGGCCGUCAACCCCUGGACUUUUCCUCCCUCAGACAUCCCUGCCCUCUCAGCUCACAACCAGUAGUGCUCAACAACAGCAGCAACAACAACAACAGCAGCAGCAGCAGCUGGCCUUCCUCAGCGCUCUACAAACACCUGCCCCUGAACCGCAAUCAGUAUUUCAGGCUCAGACCCAGCUCUCCCCCAUCCAGCAGAGAAACCCCAUGGAGCAGCAGCAGCCCUCCCAGCCCCAGCCCCACACACAGCCUGCCCAGCAGGCAUCCCUGUUUCAGAACAUCUCCCCAAACACAAUCUCACCAGGCCAGCAGCAGCAACAGCAGGCUGGCCUACUGUUCUGCAACAACCCCCUGUCCACUCCUGAUCAGGCCUCCAGCCUCAUGUUUAGCGGCCAGGGCCAGAUGCCACCGCUGACAAGCAGCAGUCUAGUUUCCCAAGAGCCCCAAAAUCCCUCUCUGCUCUUUUCCCAAGCCAGCAUGGUGACAGUAAACCAGCAGGAUCGCGCUGAGCCCAUGGCCUUAGGGAACCCCACCGAUCCACGUCAGCAAGUCAUGUUUCAGGAGCAGCAGCCGAUGCAGCUGGGCGGCAGCUCAAACAACCGGCAGGAGCAGCCUGUGGGCCUCUACAUGCCUCAGUCUAACAUGGCCUCUCUGCAGGGCGGGCUGGCCGCUCAGGAGCUUGCACAGUCAGCCAUGUUUGCCUCGCAGAACGGUGUGGCAAACCUCCAGACAACCACCUCCUCGCCUGUUCAGCAGCCAGGGACUUUGUUUCAGACCGCUGUCAGUGGGAGCAUCAGUCAGCCCAGCCAGCCUCAACAACCUGGCCUCUUCCUUUUUGGAAUUCAGAACGAAUGUGGCCAGCUGAUGAACACUCCUGGAAACACACUGUCGGAUCAGAUCAUAGCCAUCAGCCAGUCUGGUCAGAACCAAAGAGAGAGUGAAGCGCGCAUCCAGUCCCUGCUCAGCCAGUCCCUGUCUCAGUCUGGGCCUGUGCAGAACAGCAUGACUGCCUCUCAGAACAUGGAGAAGAUUGACGACCUGCUGGUCAGCCUGCAGGAGUCGGGCAGCAACUUAACUCGUUCAUACUAACCUUCGUACAGAUUCGUCUUUUAUUUUGAUACGUGGAAUAAUUGUAGAAAUGUAGGCACAAUACUGUCUGCUGAUGAGCACAUGCAGUCAAAGAUGUGUGAAUUAACUCUGCAUCAUGAAGUUUGAGACAAACUGAACAGUAUGUUCUUACAUCUGAUCACCGAAUAUUUCUUUGCCCUCUUAUGCCAUGAUUUGGUUUACGUCAGGACUGAGGACUGGCAUGAAUGAUAUUUGUUGUCUCAUCAUUAACUAGACAAAUUAAUAUCCAGACAGUGAACUAGGAGUUCAGUUUGGGAUUUCUUGUCUGAGUGUGCUGGCUGAAAAAAAGUCAAUAUCUGGUUUUGACUUUACGACUGACUGACUCCCAACGUAACAGACGGGCAGAAUUAGAUGAACUCCCAGCGAGAACAGACACAUUGUCAUUACUGUUCAGUGAGAAAAGCAGCAUUCGGCACUUUUUUCUUCAACCUUUCCUCUGAAAGUUCAGUAACUUAGUGAUGUUGUUGUUCAUUUAACUUGUGAAGUGUUGUGUGUAUCUGUAGAUAGACUGUCAGUGAUGUUAUCUGCAGCGUCUUUUGGUUCUCGUGAUGUUUCCUAAAGUGUUCUCCAAAGCGUUUAGUGGUUUCCAUGAAUAGUGUUCCCUUUAAUUAUUCUUUUGUAUUGUUGUUUAGAUGGAAGGUGGAGUGCGCGGGAGAGCAGGAAGGUUUAGACAGACCGUGGUACGUAUGGUUGAAUACAUCCAAGAUGUUGAAGGUAGCCGCUGUUGGUUUGAAAUGAUUUUCACCCAGCAGUGCAGAAAGUGUGUUGAUAGAAGGUUUGAGGGGGGGGGGGGGGAGGUAGAGAAAUGAAAGGUAGAGGAAAAGUAGAAAGGUUUCCUACACUAAUCUGAUGUGUAGUCUCAUGCAAGUGUCUAAUAUGUGGGUACUGAUUAUUUCAAUGUUGUAGCAGCUAGCUUGUACCUGAUAAUGUACAUGUAUUCACUCUAGCUGUCUUGAUAGCCCGCAAAUUGACUUAGGUUUUCAUUAAUGAUAUGACGUAGAAAGAAACAGUGCUCAGGAGGUGUAUAACUAAAGUAAUGUGGCAUUUUGUUGCUGUCUACAAGUGGCCUGGCUGAAUUAGAUCUAGUCUUGUCAAGACCUGUUUGGUGCGGUAAUAUGGAGCUAGAACAGUGACAGUAAAUUUUAGCAUUGAAAAGAAAAAACAUAAAUUACGAUAAACAAAGUAAUUUCUCCUGCUGUUCACAAUUUAAGAACUUUGUAGAACAUUUUGGGAGAGAUUAAAGGCGCAUUCACACCAGGAUAGUCCGGGGGACUCGGUUCCAUUGGGCAGGGAAUGCUGAAAAAUGUCAGACCUUCAUUUGGUUCGGUUCACUUUCAUACUGGACUUUUUAAAGCGGACCAAACCACCUGGACAACGUCACGCAGUUACAGCAGCUGCUCGUUUGGGGGCAGUAUUACCC